AUGAUAUUUAGCAUUGCUACUAAGACUGGAUCAAGAUUAUUUUCUAAAUAUGAUUUACCAAAUUCAUCAAUGAAUAAAGAACGUUUAUCAUUCAGUGCAGCUGUAUUAAUGUCACUUGUUGGUCUUGGUCUAUCAGUCUUCAGUACAAAUAAAUUAUUUCUUGCUUCUUCAUCUACACGAUCUAUGUUAACCAAAUCCCAAUAA